UCCGGAAGUGCCCGGCUAGCUGAAGGAGUAGCGGCUUUCUCGAGCGCUGUACCUGGUGGGUUGCAGGUCUGGGGUCCUGGUGACAGCACAGGAGCAGGGUUGGAGCGGGCCUUCGGGGCUGAGCGGCGGGAUGAUGGAGGAGGAGGAACUGGAGUUUGUGGAGGAGCUGGAGGCCGUGCUGCAGCUCACGCCUGAGGUGCAACUAGCCAUCGAGCAGGUAUUUCCAAGCCAGGAUCCUCUUGAUCAAGCUGACUUCAAUGCCGUUGAGUACAUCAAUACUCUGUUUCCAACAGAGCAAUCUCUGGCAAACAUAGACGAUGUCGUGAACAAAAUUAGACUGAAAAUAAGGAGACUGGAUGACAAUAUCCGGACUGUUGUAAGAGGUCAGACAAAUGUGGGGCAGGAUGGAAGGCAAGCACUUGAAGAGGCCCAGAAAGCCAUUCAGCAGCUCUUUGGCAAAAUCAAGGAUAUCAAAGACAAAGCAGAAAAAUCAGAGCAAAUGGUGAAGGAAAUCACCCGAGAUAUUAAGCAGUUAGACCAUGCCAAGCGCCACCUGACCACCUCAAUCACGACACUGAACCACCUACAUAUGCUCGCCGGUGGGGUCGACUCCCUGGAAGCCAUGACCAGGCGCAGACAGUAUGGAGAAGUUGCCAACCUCCUUCAGGGCGUGAUGAAUGUUCUGGAGCACUUUCACAAGUACAUGGGAAUCCCACAGAUCCGGCAGCUUUCUGAAAGGGUGAAGGCUGCGCAGACUGAGCUAGGACAGCAGAUCCUGGCUGAUUUUGAAGAGGCGUUUCCUUCACAGGGUACCAAGAGGCCAGGAGGACCCAGCAAUGUCCUGAGAGACGCAUGCCUGGUGGCUAAUAUCUUGGACCCCAGAAUCAAACAAGAAAUCAUCAAAAAGUUUAUUAAACAGCAUCUAUCAGAGUAUCUAGUACUUUUUCAAGAAAACCAAGAUGUCGCCUGGCUGGACAAAAUUGACAGACGUUAUGCCUGGGUGAAGCGCCAGCUUGUGGACUAUGAGGAGAAGUAUGGUCGGAUGUUUCCACGGGAGUGGCACAUGACGGAGAGGAUCUCAGUGGAAUUCUGCCAUGUGACGAGGACAGAACUUUCCAAAAUCAUGCGAGCCAGAGCCAAGGAAAUUGAAGUGAAAUUGCUUCUUUUUGCAAUUCAGAGGACAACUAACUUUGAGGGGUUUCUUGCAAAACGCUUCUCCGGUUGCACCCUGACAGACGGAACCCUGAAAAAGCUGGAGUCCCCACUGCCAUCUACCAAUCCCUUCCUGGAAGAGGAGACAACACCAGAGAUGGAGGAGCUGGCGCUGGAGAAAGGAGAAUUAGAGCAACCAAAGAAGCCGAAAGCCCCAGACAAUCCAUUUCAUGGCAUUGUUUCCAAGUGUUUUGAGCCUCAUCUCUACGUGUACAUUGAGUCCCAGGACAAAAACCUCAGCGAGCUGAUAGACCGGUUUGUAACAGACUUCAAAGCCCAGGGUCCACCGAAACCGAACACUGACGAAGGGGGUGCUGUACUCCCCAGCUGUGCUGACCUCUUUGUCUACUACAAGAAGUGCAUGGUGCAGUGCUCACAGCUCAGCACAGGCGAGCCCAUGAUCGCCCUGACUACCAUAUUCCAGAAGUACCUCCGAGAAUACGCCUGGAAAAUCCUCUCUGGCAAUCUGCCUAAGACCAACAGCAGCAGUGGGGGGCUGACCAUCAGCAGCCUCCUCAAAGAGAAGGAGGGCUCCGAAGUGGCCAGGUUCACUCUGGAGGAGCUCUGCCUCAUCUGCAGCAUCCUCAGCACAGCCGAGUACUGUCUGGCCACCACCCAGCAGCUAGAAGAAAAACUCAAAGAAAAAGUGGAUGUGAGUCUGACUGAACGAAUUAAUCUCACUGGAGAAAUGGACACAUUCAGCACUGUCAUCUCCAGCAGCAUCCAGUUGUUGGUUCAGGAUCUGGAUGCAGCCUGCGACCCUGCCCUGAUUGCCAUGAGCAAGAUGCCAUGGCAGAAUGUGGAGCAUGUUGGUGACCAGAGCCCUUACGUCACUUCUGUUAUUCUCCACAUUAAGCAGAACGUCCCUAUCAUCCGAGACAACCUGGCUUCCACACGGAAAUACUUCACGCAGUUCUGCAUUAAAUUUGCAAACUCAUUCAUCCCCAAAUUUAUCACCCACCUCUUCAAGUGCAAGCCAAUCAGCAUGGUGGGAGCAGAGCAGCUGCUGCUGGACACGCACUCCCUGAAGAUGGUCCUGCUCGAUCUCCCAUCCAUCGGCUCCCAGGUGGUGAGGAAGGCACCUGCCAGUUACACUAAGAUUGUCGUGAAAGGCAUGACCCGGGCUGAAAUGAUCCUCAAGGUGGUGAUGGCCCCUCAUGAGCCAUUGGUGGUAUUUGUUGACAACUACAUCAAACUCCUCACGGAUUGCAACACAGAAACCUUCCAGAAAAUACUGGACAUGAAGGGGCUGAAGAGGAGCGAGCAAAGCGGCAUGCUGGAACUCUUUCGACAGAGGCUCCCCGCCCCACCCUCAGGGGCAGAAAAUUCCAGCACACUGUCCCUAAUGGCUCCAACACCAGAGCAGGAAUCAUCCCGCAUCCGCAAACUUGAGAAACUGAUUAAGAAGAGACUGUAAGGAAUAUACAGACAUUGCCAGGGACCCUGAGCUACUGAUUUCUGGAAACCCUCACUCUCAGGACUCUAGGUCCUCAGUCUUGAAACCUCUAGGGCAUUACAGUUAUUAAACUAUCUCUCCCAU